CCGUUGUGGGGAGCACUCCAGUAGGCAAGCAACUUCUUCCUCACGAUCGGACAUCGCGAGUCCCGGAAUCGGCGCUGUUGUCGUUCGACAGGGUAUCUGAAGUAAAAGGGGCAUUUAAAUCAAACGGUAUUGAGAUGGAUUGGGUUAUGAAACAUAAUGGUCCAAAUGACGCUAGUGAUGGGACAGUACGACUUCGUGGAGUGCCAUUUGGUUGCAGCAAAGAGGAAAUAGUUCAGUUCUUUCAAGGGUUGGAAAUCGUGCCAAAUGGGAUAACAUUGACGAUGGACUACCAGGGGAGAAGCACAGGGGAGGCCUUCGUGCAGUUUGCUUCAAAGGAGAUAGCAGAAAAUGCUCUGGGGAAACACAAGGAAAGAAUAGGGCCCAGGUAUAUUGAGAUCUUCAGAAGUAACAGGAGUGAAAUCAGAGGAUUAUAUGAUCCACCAAGAAGAUUGCUGGGCCAGCGACCGGGACCAUAUGAUAGACCAAUAGGAGGAAGAGGGGGUUAUUAUGGAGCUGGGCGUGGAAGUUAUGGAGGUUUUGAUGACUAUGGUGGCUAUAAUAAUUAUGGCUAUGGAAAUGAUGGCUUUGAUGACAGAAUGAGAGAUGGAAGAGGUAUGGGAGGACAUGGCUAUGGUGGAGCUGGUGAUGCCAGUUCAGGUUUUCAUGGUGGUCAUUUUGUACACAUGAGAGGAUUGCCUUUUCCUGCAACUGAAAAUGACAUUGCUAAUUUCUUCUCACCACUAAAUCCAAUACGAGUGCGUAUUGAUAUUGGAGCUGAUGGCAGAGCAACAGGAGAGGCAGAUGUAGAGUUUGUGACACAUGAAGAUGCAGUAGCUGCCAUGUCUAAAGAUAAGAAUAACAUGCAACACCGAUACAUUGAACUCUUCUUGAAUUCUACUCCUGGAGGCGGCUCUGGAAUGGGAGGUUCUGGAAUGGGAGGCUACGGCAGAGGAAUGGAUAAUCAGGGAGGUUAUGGAUCUGUUGGAAGAAUGGGCAUGGGGAACAAUUACAGCGGAGGCUAUGGUACUCCUGAUGGUUUGGGGGGUUAUGGCCGUGGUGGUGGAGGCAGUGGAGGUUACUAUGGGCAAGGUGGCAUGAGUGGAGGUGGAUGGCGUGGGAUGUAUUAAAGCAUAACCACCAACAUAAGAGUCCUGACAACAGCAUCUGGUCUACUAGACUUUCUUACAGAUUUAAUUUCUUUUGUAUUUUAAGAACUUUAUAAUGACCGAAGGAAUGUGUUUUCAAAAUAUUAUUUGGUAAAGCAACAGAUUGUGAUGGGAAAAAUCUGUUUUCUGUAGGUUUUAUUUGUUGCAUACUUUGACUUAAAAAUAAAUUUUUAUAU